AUGUCAGCGAUACUUCACGCUGCGAAGCAAGACCCACACUGCCUUGGAACAGCAGGUGCGGCAAGGCUGAAGUUUUGUUUUGGAAGGGAAAAGUUGACGCGGACGAACUUUGUGACGGCUCAUAUCGCUACAUUCGAGACAAUGCUGUGCGCCAUUUCUGGAGAAGCUCCUCAGGAGCCCGUUGCCUCAAAGAAGUCUGGCACCGUCUUCGAGAAGCGAUUGAUCGAGAAAUACAUCGAGGAGAAUGGUACCGAACCUGUUACUGGCGAAGCCCUGACGAUCGAGGACCUUCUUCCUUUGACACAGUCUCACGUUGUCCGACCCCGACCCCCGACGCUCACUUCGAUUCCGGCCUUGCUUGCGACAUUCCAGAAUGAGUGGGAUGCGCUCGCUCUCGAGACGUUCAACCUGAAAGAACAGCUUGCGAGGACACGAGAGGAGCUUGCCACAGCAUUGUACCAACACGAUGCCGCGGUCAGAGUAAUUGCGCGUCUGUCCAAGGAGCGAGAUGAGGCUAGAGAGGCGCUUUCCAAGGUCAGCGUCAGCGCUGGAGCCACAAAUGGGAAUGCCAUGGCUAUUGAUUCGGCCGAAGGUCUUCCGGAGGAAUGGGUUGACAAGGUCAACGCAAAGCAUCAAGAACUCUCCAAGAGCCGCAAGAAGCGUCCGGUCCCUGAGGGCUGGGCUACGUCCGAAGAGGUCACCCUGUUGACCACUGUGGCAUCCACUUCAACACCGGUUUCGAAUGCCUCGUCGCUGGCCACCGAAGGAAGUUAUGCGGCCAUCAGUGGUCGUUCAGGAGAUGCUGCGAUAUACUGUAUUGAGGCAGACCAGGUCGAACGCCAAGUUGCGGUCAACGAGCCGGUCAUCGACUCUGUGUGGACUGGUAGCAAGCUCAUCUUUGCCACGAGCAAGGGAUCAGUGAAGGUCUUCGAGAGUGGUAGCGAAGUUGCGUCAAUCUCUGAACAUGCAGGUCCUGCAACAUCCUUGAGCCUUCACCCUACCGGCGACCUCCUCGCAUCCGUUGGCUCGGACAAGAGCAUUGUCUUGUACGAUCUCAACACCCUCAAGAAGAUCAGCCGUGCCUACGCCGACUCUGCCCUCACAUCAUCUGCUUUCCACCCCGAUGGACACCUCUUCGCGGCUGGAACCGUUACAGGCGAGAUUAAGCUCUUCAUGACAACGACGUUGGAGAUUGCGGCUGCAUUCGACCUCGGCGCAGCUGUCGAGGCGCUGACCUUCUCAGAAAACGGCUUCUGGCUUGCAGCCACAGCCAAGGGUCAGAGCUCUGUAACCAUCUUCGAUCUGCGCAAGGAGGGAGAUGCUGCAAAGGUCAAGACACUAGAGACCGGGGGCCCAGUGCAGUCACUUGCUUGGGACUACAGUGGGCAGUUCCUGGCAACCGCGGGUGCCGGCGGCAUUACUGUCCAACAGUACACCAAGAGCUCCAAGAAAUGGUCAGAGCCCCUCAGAACGUCGGUGGCUGCAUUGUCGGUCCAGUGGGGUGCUGGGGCCAAGCAGUUGGUUUCCGUCAACGAGGAGGGCGUUGUUUCAGUGUUUGGAGUCAAGCAAGAAUAA